GUACCUUGCAGCUGCCAGAAGCCGUGUGUUUUCUUCUUUUUCGCUGGGUAUGGGUGUUUCCUUUUACGCGUGUUCGUUUGGGUGGAGGGAUUACCCUGAGUUACGUGCAGGUGGUGCGGUACCUCUGUCGCGAAAGAUUAUUUUCAGGGGCCGGGGGGUGUGGGUGCGGGUGAAGGGGGGUAGGGUCCUUUGCAGACUGACGAUCAAUUUUUUUUAUAUAGGAGUGUGAAUUCCCGCGGAAUUAGAACAGCAUCACAACUACAACUACCACUA